AGAGGAAGGCGCUCCGUUACAUUGGAGAAGUGGAGUGGUCUGGAGUUCCACGGUGUGGUGGGCCAGAGGCCACCUCUCCUGGGCUUCUCAGUGUCUCGCCGGCGGGGUUUGGCCCGAGCUGGAUAGACAUAGCCCUUGGCGGAUUUAAACAACCUAAACAUUAAGCAAUACAGCUGCCUCAAAUCUUUGGGAUUUUCAGAAUGACUGACACUGCCGAAGCUGUUCCAAAUUUUGAAGAGAUGUUUGCUAGUAGAUUCACAGAAAAUGACAAGGAGUAUCAGGAAUACCUGAAACGCCCUCCUGAGUCUCCUCCAAUUGUUGAGGAAUGGAAUAGCAGAGCUGGUGGGAACCAAAGAAACAGAGGCAAUCGGUUGCAAGACAACAGACAAUUCAGAGGCAGGGACAACAGAUGGGGGUGGCCAAGUGACAAUCGAUCCAAUCAGUGGCAUGGACGAUCCUGGGGUAACAAUUACCCGCAACACAGACAAGAACCUUACUAUCCCCAGCAGUAUGGACAUUAUGGUUACAACCAGCGGCCUCCUUACGGUUACUACUGAUAGAAAUGUUGGCAGCUUUUAGUAAAAGCCUUUACUCUGUUACCAUGACAAAAGUUUGGGUGUCUUCUGUUGGUCAUAGUUUUACAUCUGAUUUUACAGAAUGGAUUAUUGAUUUUUUGGAAGUUGAGACUUUAAAAAAAAAAUAGAUCUUACUUGCGAGAUGCGAUGGUUGCUGGGAAUACCUGAAAUUGUGGAUUAUAUUGCUGACUUCUACCUCAGAAUCUUCUUUGUUUCAUGACUUAAUAGUGCUUUGAGUUUGGUAUAUUAUUUGACCUCUAGGAAUUCUUUGUUUUACACAGAAAUAAAAAUUUUAAAAUAGAAAAUGCUUUUACUUUGUAAGGUAAGAGAGUAUCCAUAUGCUUAGAUGUGCUCGUUUCUAAAAUUCUAGAGGUUGACAUAAUCAGCUCAUGAAUGCACAGCUAUGCUUUUUGUGAUAGAUUGUACAUAACAUCAGCAGUUGAAAGGUAAAACAAUUGCUUUUUUUUUUUUUUUGCUUUUGUUACGUGACUAUGGUACUUUGUGAUUCCUUAAUCUAUAGAUGAGUCAGCUCCACAUUUGAGUCUCUUUUUAGAGGGAAAUCAGUAAUAAAGCUGUAAAAUAAGGAAGGAA